CCGCCCAGCGUCCUACUCUCCUUGUCUUUGCGACGACUGUCACUGUUCAGCAGCCACAGAGCACAACAAGCAUCGCGGCAUCGGUUCUGAGCAAGCUGCCAGAUCACAAGCAGAGCUAGCUACACUGCUGCAUGCAAGGGCACCUCGUAAUGCUGGUCGCUACACGCAAAGUCUUUUCAGCUGUUCGCACUCAUUCUCGAUCGGCGCACAUCCCUGCCAGGAACGUGCAUCUCACCUUUCCAACUGCUUUUCCGCCAAUCGUUCCUGCUCGGCGAUCCCUUAGCACCAGCUUUCCAGCCAUGUUCGCCCUGACACCCUUCCGUGGCGCUCCCGGCAGUGCGCCCCCAAAGACUUUUUCCAGGCAAGGAGAGCUGCCACGUCUGCCAGUCCCAACCUUGGAAGAGACUUUCCCCAGGUACCUCAAGUCUCUUGAACCGGUCUUGAGGCAAAAGGAAGAGCUCGGCCAGCUCCCUUCCGGCGCCACUGCUGCCAGCGAGCUGCAAAAGCGCGCCGAAUGGGCUCAAGAGGCCGUGAAGGAGGGCAGUCUGGCUAGAAAGCUGCAGCAGCGUCUGAUUGAUGUGGACCGCACAACCCCAGACAAUUGGCUGGACGAUCGAUACUGGCUGCAAAAAGCUUACCACGAAUGGCGCGUUCCGCUACUGGUCAACUCCAACUGGUGGCUCAUGUUCCGCGCGGAUCCGAACACACCAGCUGCAGAUUUGGAGCUGGGCAAAGUGCAGCCGGAGAGGUAUGGAGCGCUGACUCCUUCUGAGGAUUUCAGCGUUGCGCUCGGAGCGAAAGAGUGGAAGGGGCAGCAGUGGGGCAUCAGAAGAGCGACCUGGAUCACUGGCAGAUUGCUGGAAUUCAAGAGGAGGCUCGAUCAUCAAGAGAUUAUGCCAGACGCAUCUAGGUCGAGUGCUUUCUGCAUGCACCAGUAUACGCGCUUGUUCGGCGUCUCCCGCAUUCCUGCCAUCCCCCACGAUUGGAAUACAGCGACGCCGCAUCCCACAGUGGCUCGCCACGUUUGCGUCAUGGCACGAAACAACUUCUAUCAAGUGGAAGUGCUUGGCCAGGAUGGUGUUACUCGGCCCCUGGAAGAGAUAGAGAAGGCAUUCACGGACAUUGUGGAGGACGCCAAGAAGGCGGACGGAGACGCAGUUGGCAUCCUCACCGCCGACGAUCGGGACACUUGGGCAAGGGCCCGUGAACAUCUCCUCGCCAUUUCAAAGGUCAACCGAGCCACCCUUGGUGCUUUGGAAGAUUGCUUGUUUGUGGUGUCUUUAGACUCGUCAGUGCUGCCAAACGUGUCAGGACACCCUGAGCCUGUGACGACUGCGACUCCAGCAUCCGUAGAUGCGCACGCGCGCAACAUUGCCGGCGCUGGCAGAGGGGGCCACAACCGAUGGUUCGACAAGGCACUCAGCGUUGUGAUGGAGCCUAACGGUCGAGGGGGUAUCAAUGGCGAGCACUCCCCGUGCGACGCCCUGAUCCCCAGCAUUGUCAUCGACUUCGCCCUCGCUGAGCCAGCUCCCGAGCCUGGUCAACCUUUCCCGAACUCCAUUGCACCUGCUGGACCCGCUGGCGCGACUGCGUCAUGGAAGAAGCUGCAGUGGGAGCUGGACGAUAAGGCGCACGCUUCCAUUGCGAGCUCUGCCGCUGCGGCCAGACAAUUGGUCAGCACGAGCGAUAUUGGCAUGUUGUGGUACGACGAGUACGGAGCGGAGUGGAUCAAGAAGGUGGCCAAGCAGAGUCCAGACGCCUUCCUCCAAAUGGCACUGCAACUUGCUUACGCCAACGUGAAAGGGUAUCAGAGUCCUACGUACGAGACCGCCAGCACACGCGUCUUCAAACACGGCAGGACAGACGUGAUCAGAAGCUUCAGCAACGAGGCGUACGAAUUCGUCCGCGCGGUGCGGGAAAAGAAGCCGGCGUCGGAGAUCUACAGACUCCUCUCGGCUGCCUGCCAGUCCCACAAUGCACAAACCAGGGCCGCAUCGACUGGCAAAGGUUUUGAUAGACAUUUGACUGGUCUGCGACUGGCGUACAAUCCAGAGGAGGACGGAACUCCUGAAGAGGCUUGCGAAGCCGGGGCGCGCAUCCUGCUUGGCGAUGAAUUGCUCGGCGAAAGUCAGACCUGGAAGUUGUCCACAUCCGGUCUCAGCAGCGGCUUGAGAUUCUGCGGAACCGGUUUUGGGUCCGGCUUCGAAGAUGGCGUGGGCACCAACUACCUCGCUGGUGGCCAAUUAUUAAAGUUUGGACUGGAGACGAAGCACUCUCCAAUGAACUCUAAAGACCCGACAGCCACUUUUUCCAAGGCUCUUGUCGAUGCGCUCAGGUUGAUGAAAGAAAUGUGCGAAAAGGAGGCGCCCGCCGCGACGGAAGGUGAAACCAAAGGCAAGCUUUGAGCUUUUCUACAUACCGCUGUACAAAGCGACCCGCUUGAGAGCGUCGUCUCGAUGCAAAAACAUUUGAUAUGAUGC